AUGUCAUCUUUAUCUCACGAAGAGAGCAUGCAAUUCCUUGCGCACAUACAACCCACACCCAUACCCGGAGAGCCGGAACGAUACCGUGUUACAGACAAGACCGUUGGCAAGCCCACGGGCGUCUGCCCAUUUCGGCCACUGAAUUUCUGGUUUCGAACUCGUCUCGUAUACGCAUUCGGACAUCCUCUUAGUCAUAGAACGCCCAACGUUUACUUUCUCCAUUUGCAGCCUCCAUCGGCCUUCACCAGGUUUCUGCUACGUCUGCUUCAGUCUUUCCCCCCAUUGAUCAGCUCAUGGAAGGGUACAGACGUUGGCUAUGGGGAUGACAAGGAGUUUGAACAACUCUUUGAAGCGGAGCACCAAGCAUAUAACCGGCUAAGGCCUAUCCAGGGUUUGACGGUCCCCAGGUGCUAUGGAUUGACGCUUUUUGGUGGCAGAAAAGCUUUGAUUUUACAGCAUUUUCGUGGGGACACUCUAGAGAAACCGGAGGCGGCCACUUUGUCUUUUAGCGAGAGCAAAAGACUCCUCGGCGAUUUCUUCAAGGAGAUGGCAGACCAUGGAGCAGUUCAAGAAGAUGCAGAUAUCUCCAACUUCAUACUGGAUCCAGACGAGAGAAGCAUCAUGGCCGUGGAUUUAGAGUAUGUCACCUUUCCAAGCACCUCAGAGGAUAUAGAGUACCUCUCUCUCUCGUCCAUGCAGACCACACUGGAAAACUACCUCGGCAGACAACGAUUCCUGAGAAGUGAGGGCUACCUCGAAGCAGCCUAG